AUGAGCAAGACCGAGCAAAAGGCGUGCCUCAUCGUCAUUGACGGAUGGGGCGUGCCCACCGAUGCGUCGCCCAAGGACGGCGACGCCAUCACCAACGCCGAGUGCCCCGUCAUGGACGGGUUCGCCCAGCAGAAGGACUGCUACACCAAGCUCGAGGCGUCGUCGACGUCUGUCGGCCUGCCUGAGGGCCUCAUGGGCAACUCCGAGGUCGGCCACUUGAACAUUGGCGCCGGACGUGUGGUGUACCAGGACGUCGUCAGGAUUGACCAGACCAUCAAGGAGGGCAAGCUUGGACAGAACCAGGUGCUCGUCGACUGCUUCAAACGCGCCAAGAAUGGCAACGGCCGCCUGCACCUCUGCGGUCUCGUUUCCCAUGGAGGCGUCCACUCCAAGCAGACGCACCUGUACGCGCUUCUGAAGCUCGCCAAGGAGAUGGAGAUCCCCAAGGUCUUCAUCCACUUCUUUGGUGACGGCCGCGACACCGACCCCCGCAGCGGUGCCGGCUACAUGCAGGAGCUCCUCGACACGGCCAAGGAGAUUGGCACUGGCGAGAUUGCCACCGUGGUCGGUCGGUACUACGCCAUGGACCGUGAUAAGCGCUGGGAGCGCGUUGAGAUCGCUCUCAAGGGCAUGGUCCUCGGCGAGGGAACCACCUCUGACGACCCCGUCCAGACGGUCAAGGAAAGCUACGCCAAGGGUGGAGGCAAAGACGGUGACGAGUUCCUGAAGCCCAUCAUUGUCGGCGGCGACGAGAGGCGUAUCAAGGACGAAGACACCAUGCUGUUCUUCAACUACCGAUCUGACCGCGUGCGCCAGAUCACCCAGGUGCUCGGCGACGUGGACCGCUCGGUGCUGCCCGACUUCCCCUACCCCAACAUCCACCUCACCACCAUGACGCAGUACAAGGUGGACUUUCCCUUCCCCGUGGUGUCCAAGCCGCAGGUGAUGGACAAUGUGCUCGCCGAGUGGCUCGGCAAGCAGAACGUCGAGCAGGUGCACGUUGCCGAGACGGAGAAGUACGCGCACGUGACCUUUUUCUUCAACGGCGGUGUCGAGAAGGUCUUUGCGCUCGAGACACGCGACAUGGACCAGGAUCUGGUGCCGUCGAACAAGAGCGUGGCGACCUACGACCAGGCACCCGAGAUGUCCCAGGACGGGGUGGCCGAGCAGGUCAACAAGCGGAUGAAGGAGCAAAAGUUCCCCUUUGUCAUGUGUAACCUCGCGGCCCCCGACAUGGUCGGCCACACGGGCGUGUACGAGUCGGCGCUGACGGCGGUCGAGUCGUGCGACAAGGCGAUUGCCAAGAUCUACGAGGGCUGCAAGGAGGCUGGCUACAUCCUGUUCAUCACGGCGGACCACGGCAACGCGGAGGAGAUGAAGUUUGCGGACGGCAAGCCCAAGACGAGCCACACGACGAACAAGGUGCCCCUGAUCAUGGCCAACGCGCCCGAGGGCUGGGCCCUCAAGGACACCACUGAGGGCGUGCUGGGUGACGUCGCGCCCACGGUGCUGGCAGCUCUUGGCCUGCCCCAGCCCGAGGAGAUGACCGGCACCAGCCUGUUGGAGAAGGACCUCAAGCGCGCGGCGCAGGAGUAG